AUGGCUUUCGAUCUUGCGCUUGAGGGCCGACAGGCAUCGGAUGGCGGAUCGAGAUUUGGAAAAGUCGGGAUCUUUCCAGAACUACACCUCCCUCUUUUCAGCACCGUUCAAGCUCUUGGUAUCAGGAACGCCGGCACCGUCAUCGAGCCUGCCGUCAGGAAAGCACUGGCCAAGUAUCGAAACGUCGAUUUCGUCGAGAAGGAAAAUCGCAAAGCAGACUGUUUCAUGAACAAAUUGAUGAAACUGGAGGAAGAAGGAAAAGUCAACCUCGAAAACCAAAUGGACUGCAUUGGUGGUAACCUAGCCGCCGGAACAGACACGACUGGCAUUACCAUCUCAGCCUGUCUCUAUUACCUCUACCACAAUCCCCAUAUUUUGCAGAAACUCCGCGACGAAAUCGACGGAGCGACACAAGAGGGAACAGCCUCCGACCCCAUUCCACGAAGAGAAUCUCGGUUACCUCCAAUGUGUCAUAGCAGAAACUCUCCGCAUCCACCCUGCAGUAGGCUACAUCUUGCCGCGAGAAGUCCCAGCAGGGGGCAUGGAACUCGGCGGAACAUUCUUCCCAGCAGGCACCCACGUCGGCGACUCCGCCUGGGCCCUAAACUACAACCCCGCCGUCUACGGUCCCGACGCCCACGUCUUCAACUCAGACCGUACAUGGAUCAAUUCGGCUCUGCGAAAAACGCCGCAGCGCAAAUGGGCAAUUCGUUCUCGUUUGGAGGCGGGAGUAGAACUUGUAUUGGGAAGAAUGUGAGUCUUUUGGAGAUGACGAAGGUGGUGCCGCAGAUUGUGAGGAAGUUUGAGUUUGUGUUUGCGGAUGAGGGGAGGGAGUGGAAGGUGUGGAGUUCGUGGUUUGUGUUUCAGGAGUAUUGGUGUUAUGUUAAAGAGAGGGAGGUGUAG